AUGCAUUCCAAGCUCGCCUUCCUCCUUCCUCUGCUCGCGGCUGCUAGCCCCGUCGUCCGUGACGCUGGUGGCCCAGAUCCUUCCCAGAUCACUAUCAUUGAUAGCUCUUACUCGGGCAAUGGCUGUCCUCAAGGCUCCGUUUCCACUUCCACUUCGCCUGACAAGACCGUCAUCACCUACGGUUUCGACCAGUUCCAGACCUACAUUGGCCCCGGCACUAAGCCCGCCGAUCACUCCAAGAACUGCCAAUUGCACUUGAACUUGAAGUACCCCGGUGGCUUCCAGUACUCCGUAGUCGAUGCCACCUACCACGGCUGGGCACGCAUGGAUGCCGGUGUCACGGGAAGCUUCAUCACCUCGUACUACUUUUCUCAGGAUGCUGCCAAGACUUCGACGACCCGAAUGACCGCCACCGGUGGCGGCGCCCUCCUCAACGGCCAGGUCUACACUAAGCAGGAUAAGAUUGAGACCACCGCCACUGUCUGGUCGCCUUGCGGUACUACCGGCAUUCUCAACAUCAACAACCGUGUCUCACUUACUUCCACCAAUUCCUCGGCUUCUGGGGAACUGUCGAACGAUGAUGCUACGGUUGCGUUCACCCAGCAAUUGCACGUUUCCUGGAGGACUUGCACGCCUACGUAA